CGUUUUGUGGUGAAUCGCGAAGUGGAAAAAGUUCUGAGUGGUGAAAUUUUGGGCAAAAAAAAAACAAUGUCUAUAAAACGCAACGAAAGAGAUUACCCUUACAUCGAUUUGGGCAAUGGAUACACCAUUUGUAUUCAAGCGGACGAGUACACCGAUCCGGUUCUGAAGGCGAAAGCGGCACGGGAACUGAACGAAACACCGGAAAAUGUGGAAAAAGCACUCCAGCAGUUGCGUGAGCUGCUGAAGACGGAAACGACGUUGUUUGUGCCAACCGAAAGUGAUGCUUUUCUGGUGAAGUUUCUGCGGCCGUGCCACUACGAUGCCCAGAAGGCAUUCCAGAUGAUUCAGUUUGCCUAUCGGAUGAAGACCCGCAGUCGGGAGUAUUACGAAAACACAUCGACCCCGUCCUCGGUGCGGCAUGUGUUCGACCAGGGAAUGGUCUGGUUCAUGCCCGAUCGGGACGCCGAUGGAGCCGCCCUGUGUGUGAUAGAAGUUGGAAAAAAAUGGGACACGAGCAAGGUGUCGAUAGUCGAACUGAUCGCCGCCAUUCGGAUAUGCGUCGAGGCGUCCCUGCUGGAUCCGGAAACGCAGCUGCACGGUAUCAAGGUCAUCUUCGACACCGAAGGCCUCUCGAUGUCGCAAAUCGCUCAGAACAGCCCCCGGCAUGCCGGUAUGAUUCUCGACUGGGUACAGAAGGCGUGCCCCUUCCGGUUGCGCAGCAUCCACGUCGUGAACAAUUCGAUGAUCUUUAACAUACUGUUUGCCAUUUUUAAACCAUUCAUCUCGAAGGAACUACGCGAAAAGAUAUUUUUCCACAACAAGGAGUGGAACUCACUUACCAAGAUGAUCAAUCCGGCUUGCUUGCGGCCUAAGUACGGCGGAACACUUGGCGCACCGGAGUACGAAGGCCGCCUGCUCGGAGAUUUCCUGCAGCUGUACGACAAAUAUUUUGAUUCUCUAGACAUGUACGGCUACGAAGAAUGUACUAAGCGGAGGUCAAAGUGAGCCAAGCCAAGCCAAGCUGUCAUAAACGGUGCGGAUCUGUGCAGCAGCGCCUACUUCGACGCCCAUCCAUCCAGUGACCCUCGCGCAAUGUCGCCGUCGACGUGCUGCGGGCGAAGAAUGGUUCAGUUCAAACAAACGGCCUUACCAGCUGUUUGUUUAGUAUGUGUGUUGAAAAAAUAGUGAUUUAAUAUGUACAUUAAUAUAUAUCGAAACUUGUUCUUAGGUUGGUUUAGUCAGGCAUUACAUAUAGUU